AUGAGUAAGCAAAGCGUACGCGUAAACAAAGAGGUCACGAGGGGUCUCCUUCAACAAGAAUCCGGCACAUUCUGGGAACAGGUAAUUAGGUCUGCUGUGGCUCUCGUUAAGGCCAGUCAGUCGCUUUCCCCCAAGGUGGAGGAGAAAGUGACAAAUCUGGUCCUCUGCGAAUAUGCGGAGAUUCUUGGGUGUGCUCAGAAGCGGGAAGAUGGCCUGUCAUUUUUAGAGGGGAAAGGUUUCGUCGGAUUUUGCGAGUAUUGGAUGGCUUUUGCGAAACGGGCUGGGGAUAUCUCUGCCCUUGAGAGGAUUGGAAAGCUGAUGCAGCAUGAGCUCCCCAAGCCGUCCUCCAGUAAGAUCGCCCAACCGGUGGGAAGGACCCAAGCACAAGAUGCCGACACCAUCACAAAGGAGGCUACUCGGAUUUGCGCAGAAUUCGCACAGGUUACGACCUUGCUGGAGCAAAGGCCCGUAGAAGAUGACGUGCUAAUCAAGCAUCUGGAAUCAUGCACUGCCCUGAUAAAGACGUCAGCUUGCCUACAAUCUUUACUAUUCUCGGAAGACCAAGAACUCGCUCGUAUUAGUGGCAAAGUGGAUCGAGCAUUCGAAAGACUCCGUCGAAUGGCCGUCAAGUCACUUGACUCCCUGUCUACAGAUACGGAGGUUAAAGCCUUCGUGUUGUCUUGUGUCGACCUUCUCCAAAAGCUUGCAGUUUCCGCAGCGCGGAAAUCUGACAUCAUCACUCACGCGUUGGAUUCUCUCUUCGUGCUGGCACGUACAGCUCUCAAUGUUGAGGACCCUAGGACGUAUGUCCCUGCCUUUGACCAUCUCGGGGUUUCGGUAUCUAUCCUUGAUUCUGUGCCUCAGGAUGCAGACGUAGACCGUGCGAAUUACAUGCGUUGCAUUUCGGGGACAUACUACAACAUUUCAGGAUCACUCUAUCAAGCAACACAAUGUGGUGCUGCAGUGCCGUUUCUACGUGAGGCGUGUCUUCUUGGCGCAAAGGCGUUGUCGAUGAAAGGGCGCGGGAAAGGGAAAGGCAAGGCGAAGGAAGAGGCAAAUCCGGAGACGAAGAGUAAAGUCGACGGAGAAAUGGAAUGGAAUCAGCUGGAAGAGCAGCUUCACCGUCGCUGGGAGUUGCUCGCUGUUUGUUAUAGUAAGAAUGGGGAUCGCAAGAAUGCCUACGACGCUUUCCAACAGUGUAUAUGCACAUUUCCGUUUACGUCCUCUGGAUUUGAAGGUCAAACGGAUGCCAAGAGUGUCGGGGAUCUAUUCGGAGCAUCUGCCAGCUCAUCCGUUAAGCAGUUAAUGGCCACCAUCGACCGAGUAAGUUACAUUGGGGCAUGCGAGCUGCUUCUGCCGCCAGAAGAUGUCUCCCUUCGUUCUCCCCAGCGUUUCGCUGCCUCUGAUGACGGCAACCUUGUCAUGGACCCUCGGGUCGUCGGAGUCCUUCUGGAGCAGCAGAUUGAUGGCCUUCAGCCGAGUCAAUGGAAAAAGGGCGUACGGGGUGUCUUUGUGAAGCUGUUAAGAGAUUCUCUGGAAGUUUAUGAUGCGGCCUCGUUCCCUAUCAGGCGAUCCAGAGUUCUGAUAAGGUGUAUGGCCUUUGCAUAUCAGGACUCUGGAGAUGACUGGGCCGUGAUCUUGGGAAAUGUGCAGGAGAUGGGCAGUGAAGUAGAGCGUCUCUUGACGGCUCAGAACUUGGCUCGGGAUGUUUCAUUAGCUCCUUACCGCCUGCAAUACCAUGCAUCCGCACACCUCUGGCUCGCACUUCACGCUCAUAAACGCGCAGACCCGGAGCAAGGCACAGUUAUGGCUCAACAUGCAGAUCAAGCGUGUCAGAUUCUGAAAGACCUCCUCGCUCUUGGUCCAGCUGGGAGUCCCAGGGUAGCGAGGAAAGGGCUGAGUACCAAAGUGAGAAAGGUCUCAUCCUCGUUAACGCAGAUACCAAGAAUUGUAUCCCCCAAAGCUACCAGGACCACUCGUCAACGCGUACCGGCUGCUCCAAAGAAAGCUGCUCCAGUCAAGAGUAACUCGAGGGUGGCUGCUCGUCCUCCUGUUACUCCCCAGGUCAAGCCAAGGGCUGCACUUCAGCCGGUUUCACUGAAUACUGCGAGAACACCACCUCGACCCUCUUUGGAUGCUGCUGCGAAGACGAAGUCACUGUUGACUUUUGAUGACUUUGAUGAAUUUUUAGGGCUGCUCCAACUCACGGCUUGCCUUCUUGGUCUCCUUUGCCUGGUUCUUCCAAAAGUCCAUAUAUUGGACCUCACAAGGAAGUUGUGUGAGCGCCACGCUGGCGUGGCGAGCGAUGGAUACAUCUCUGCAUCAAUUGACCUUGCACAUGAGUACGUGAAGAUUGGUAAGAUGAAGAGGGCGGCCAUGAUUUUCAAUCUGGCAUUGGAAGUUGUUAGAAACGGACAAGCCUCGCCGGAGGUAUCCUCUGCCUUCUUGUUACGAUUUGCGGAGUCACUGGCCUUAAUCGAGGAUGUGUCUCGAAGCUCAAGUGUCUAUAAUGAGGCACUAGAUCAUUCAAGCAGACUGGAUACGGAGGAGAAAGGAUUGACCACUCUUCAAAGGAUCCAUACACGGGUUAAGCGCCUGGAGAGGGCAGCGAUGGCUUCGCAUAUCUUCGGAUUGAUUCAGUAUUGCAAGGAGGACGUUGCUACAUCACUGGAAGGCAUGCUCCAGUCUCUUCGUUUGUGGAACCGGACUGUGGACACAUUAGGACGCCUUAACCCUUCGCCUCAAUCCUCCGCUAAACCAUCUCCGGAAUCCAAUCCAUUUGAAAUGACAAGUAUGAAAGAAGCUCUUAUGGCUGAACAAACAUCCGCUCCAGCACAAUCACAACCUACGCCGAACAAGUCAUACCCUCCGCGAUCUUUCAUUCAUGAUUUGGAGUGGCGGACAGCUGAGGGACUUUUUGCCACCCUGUUCGCGUUGUCGCACAUGUACGUGACGCGUGGAUCUCCUCGGGAAGCUGAGUACUUUGCACAGCAGGCUCAGGAUCUUGCCGAAGCAUUGAACGUUCCCACUGUUGUUGGCCGUGCGUUCACUCGGAAGGCAGAGGUUCAGCUUCAUCUUGGUCAACUGCAGGAGGCAAAUGCGACACUGGAAAAAGCUGCUGCGUUGCUCUCUCACCUGCCAGGCGUUGAUACUAUUAUCGUUCAUCGGCUCCGAGCGGAGUGUAAUGAGCGAAGCGCUCAGCAUGAGGAUGCGCAAGAACUUUAUCUUUCGACAAUGAAAAUGCUAGAGGAGCUUGAUGGCGCGUUCCAGCAAUUCGAGACUUUGGCAUUUGGUCCUCGACGAUCACUAGGAACAUCCCCUCGGACAAAGCUCCUCCCUGACACUGUCGCUCCUGAGCUCCUGGCAGCCGUUCUUCACCAGCAUAACCUCAAUGGCUUGCUUGAGAAGUUCUUGUCCCUGCCAUCUUCAUCCCGAAUGAAGGCGAAUGAGAACUCCCUCAUGGGCAAACUAACUCUCUACAACGUCUAUGCUCGCUUCCGUGCUGAUAUGUUCCUAAGUUCCCUCACCGAGUCUAGUGAGUUGUUCAUUUUCUCGUUUGUUGCAGAAACUUACCAGUACAUCGUAGCAAUCGCCAUUCCCAUGGGAAUGUCGACUACGCACAAGGUUGCGUUUGCAUUACCUACUCAGGAUGUUCUGAACGCUCUGGAAGAGGCAGAGAAACUAUUUCAAGCAAACUUGUCAUUGACUUCUUGGAAUGGUAGCGUCCUCAAGCUUCGGGAUGCUGCGAUCUCAUCAGGAAACACUGAAUUUAUAAGUAGUUUCUCGACGAAAUCCAUUGCGCCAGUACUUUUUGGUCCUUCGCCGUAG